AUGUUCGGACAUCGUAUUUCCAAGACGUGCAUAUAUGCCACCGCCAUUGCCUUGGUUCACAUCUAUUGUGUGCAGCACCAGGGUAUCUUUGCAAAAGAGAAUUGUAAUAACAGUACAUCAUCCACAUGGAAUAUAUAUAGACUGAUUGAUCGGCUCCAAUGGAAGUCUUUUGCAACUAUUCAAGACAAAGACGAGGAGGCAGUAUUCCCUCACCCUGUAAAGCAACAAGUAUAUAACGUAAAUAGGAUAAACAGUAGCCGUGUGAUGGAGAGCAUUCACAGUUUAAUGUUUCCGGAAGUAAACAUCAUUAUGGCAGUCAACGACAGCUCAACAUUGGAAGUGGUGGCCGAGGUGAUUAUUAUUUAG